UACACCACUGUGUUUUCUUUUCGACUUAUAGAGGUGUAGAGGUAUGUGUCCCUCUUCAGAUGCGUUUAUCACCAAAAAAGGUGGUAAAAUAUACCAUCUUUCUUCUCUUCUUCAUGGUUCUGAACGUUUGGAUUAGUUACAGUGUGAAUAUUUGGAGUUUUAACAACUUUGACGACCGUGAGAAAGUUUUACAAAGUUUUCGAGAGCGACGCGAGGACAAUGGCGGAGCGCUACCAGUUCCACCCGUUAUUUUUGUUAAGAAUGAUUAUGAACUUGAGGGUGUCGGUAAUAAACCAAAUAUCGAGGAAUCAGACUUCUUUCGAAAACAAAGAAGUGCAAAGGAAUUCCCAUUAAAUUCUGAUACCAAUGACUUACGACAAAAUCAACUAUUUAUAAAAGAAAAAAAAGUUGUUGCACAAAUUGGUAAGAAAAUUGACGCCAACUUGUUGCUCCAUGAAGGGAGUAAUAAAAGUUCUUUACCAGAGGUAGGCACGAGUAAUAUUCAGAGUAAUGGCCAUAACCGGGUGUCCUUGCCUAUACUGAAGCCGAAAAAGAUUCAACAGACUGAGUUAAGCGAUGUAUUCAUCAGUGUGAAGACUACCUCCAAGUAUCAUACUUUGAGGGUGAACCUCCUUUUGAAAACCUGGUAUCUUCUUGCCAGGGAACAAGUAAGUAAAGUCAGAAGUCAGUAGAAACAGUGUUGUUGUUUUUUUUCUUCUUACUUUUAAGUUUGGCAGACCAGUGGUCAAGAUUUCCAUAAGUGGACAAGUUCCCCAUCACAUCAGGGAUGGGUGCCAGAUUUAUUGAUUAGUUUCACUUGCUUGGAGAAAUAAUAAUAAUUUUAUUAAAACUCAGAAUAAAUUUUUAUUAGAACUGACUCAAAUGCGUAUCAAUUAAAAUAAUUACAAAUCUUUCUGUUGGGAGAUAAAAUAAUAGGCAGAGAAUUUUAGAGCCCAAAUGAACUUGUUUUAAACUUUAAGAUUAUUUGUAACAUUAUUUUAUUAGUUAGUAAGAUAUAUAAAUAAUUUAUUAGUUUGUCCAAUGUUAACUGUAAAUUGUAUUUUGUAUUGAGUUCUUUCAUUUUCAAAUCCUAUUUUGUUCACAAUUUCGACGUUACUUACCAUAGUCUUAAGUCUAAGAAUAACGGAAGUCAAACUUUACGUGUCUAGCAAGGUUAUGUUUUCUUAUGCUGUUAAUUCCUAAUAUAUAUUGAACAUUUCCAGAAAAGAUCCUUUUGGUUAAAAAAAAAAGGGGGGGGGGGGGGGGGGUUCGGUAACUAUGCAGACAUCUUUAAAAUGUCACCAAGCCUGCUUCCAAGCACAGAACUAAAGACAGUCCAAUGAAAAACAAAUGUGCGGAAGACCUCAAGAGAUCUGGCUAAAUAUCAAUGUAGAAUAAUUUUACUUAGGAAUAGAAACUUUCUUCUUCUUUUAUUUGAGGGCCCAUGAGCAAUUUAUUGAUCAUUCUGGCUACUGGUUUGAAUUCUGAGCUUGCCUUCUCUUAGAUGAGUUGCUGUCCAAGGCUUACGAGUUCCAUUCACCCGGGUUACUUGAGAUGUUAAUGUUGGCUUUGGUGGGGGAUUGAACUCCAGACCACCAGCUAUUUGGUUUUAAGUCAGUUUACACCGCUCGGCCACCCAGCACUCUUGUACAACAAGACAGCAACAACAGAAGUAGCUGAUAGACAGUAGUGACAUUCUUUGGCUGUAGACAGUAAGGACAUUCCUCAGCUGUCACCUCAUGUAUCAAGCUGUGAAUGUGGACUGUAUGAAUAAAUGAAUCUACAUCGCACAAAAAUCUCAGAUUGCAAUUCACUUUUUAAAUCUUUUAACUUUCUACUCAUUAACAUAUGUUUUAGUUAAUGUAUAUUGCCAAAGUCAAUGUGGGGAAAUAUGUUCUGCUGGCUGUUUGUUGACUUUAACCUAACUAAAUCUUGUUUUCAAAUGACCCAAUGUACUCACAUGAUAUACACAUACUAUGAUAAUAUAAAACAACUGGAGACAUUUUGGUAAACUCAGUUUCAAUUCAUUUAAGUGAGUUGGGUCAUUGAAAUUGUCUCUCCUCGAUCAGUGCACAUGGCAUUUUACAUUUUGAUGGUCAGCAACCAUGUUAUUAAAACAUUGCUUGACUUUGAUAUGUUGAAUUUUAAUUUCUUUUAUUGUGCAGAUUUUAAAGUGCACAUUGUUUUUCAAUGACUUUUGUUAAAUUAUUAAUUGCUUCUAGUUUUAUCUAUCACUCCACCUAUCUUUGAGCCAAUCUUUGAAGACGCCUACCAGGGGGCUGUUAAAAUUUAUAUUUCACCUCUUGAAAAAUAUUUUUGCCUGUUGCUAUAAGUUUUUCUCUCUAAAAGUAAAUGCUUUACCUUAGUACAACAUUUGACUGAAGAUUAAUAGAUAAUAAGAUCUGAGUUACCUGUCUUGUCUCACUUUACCCCAAGAAAGUAGUUGAUUAAAGCUUCACUUUUACUUUAAUAUGUUUCAAAAAAAUUAAAAAAAACAAUACUCUAGAUAUUUACACCAUCGUAAAACCUGUUUUACUAUAAGGUGAAAGGCCUUUUGAAACAUUGCAACAAACAUGAAGAAAAUACAGGCAAGCUAAUAUUACAUGACAUGUUCAAAAAUAAGUUUAAAAUCCACCAUUGGUGAAGUUAGAAAAUUUGAAUGCAAGUUAGAUAUAUUGAUGUGGUUUUUAAUUGAUUUGGUAGGUAGCAACAGACAGUUAAAACCACUUCUGAAUAUAUAUUUUUUUAAAACCUGAAAAAAAAUUCAGUGUUGAACACUUAUAACUAAAAUUUAAAAUUGCAACUUUGUAUUACAUAUGACAUUACAGGAAACAUCUUAUUUUUCUUCAGGUUUACUUCUUUACAGAUUCAAAUGAGCAGGAAUUGAUUGUCAAUUUAGGUAAAAGAUGUUUUAAUUAAUUUGUAAAAUUUACCUUUUUUAAAUCCUUUAUAUUAACUUCGCUUUUGAUGGUGUAUUUGUUUGAGGCAAAAUCUUCUGAUGGCUAAUUGGCCCACUUCCCACCAUCCUAUUGAGGCUGAAACUGGCACAUAGACUUGUUGCUGAUGACAACACAUUCUUUCAAAUUUUCAGCCCCCAACUCCUCAAAAAUUAGUUUUAACACUACCAGAUGCCAAUGAUUUCACUAAAUAAAAUUCCCUAUAGCUGCACUAUACGAGGUUCUUAAAAAUAUCGCAAGUGCGUUUGGUGCGUAAUAUUUUCAUUUGUUUUACAGAAAUAAUUAGUGUAAUAAAUCUGUGUUGUAAAAGUGAUUAGGACAUUAGAACAUUAAUUUUGUUAAAAGUUUACAAACAUAUAGUCCAUUCAACUAUCUUUCAUUGGAUACCUCAUUUUGUCUUACAAACCAAACAAUAAUAUUUUAAAUAGUUAUUUAAUCCCAACCUCUCACUUCUGGUACCCGGGUAUGAAUAGUCGCAGCCUUUUAAAAUUCUAUUUUAAAUGGGAGAAUUUGUUAGUGAUUUACACAUGAUAAAACCUUACACUAGCCCCACUUGUCUAUCAUUAAUGCCACCAGGUUGCAAUUUUUAAGGGAGAUCACUGCCUUGACAUUUAUUGUUUAAAAAUGAUAUUAUGCUCUUAUCAAGUGAUGCGUUGCUCAACCGCAAUUGUUGUCCUGAUUUUAAACUCAAUAAAAUUAUUUUUUGAAAAUGAUAAUUUGUUACCUUGGUUGCUGGUUUUUUUUAUUUGUGCAGGUGGACACCUAGUAAAUACGAACUGUUCAAGUGAUCACAGCAGGUAGAUUUUAAAACUUCAAAUAAAUCUCUGCAUCACUUUCUUGUAGGCUUAAAGCCAAAGGAACUCAGAAGUUCUUUCUUUUCAUAAUAUAUUUUUUAAAAAUCAUGUCUUUGGUGUUGAAAUUGAUAGUCAUGUUACACACAAAAAUCAAAUGAUUUGCGUCUUCAAUAUAAAAAAUGUGAUACAUUUUAAUAAUAUUAUAACUAAACAUCCUGUGAGGUAGAUUUUAUAAACUGUAAUUUUAUUUUGUUAUUUUACAUAAUUUUAGGUAUUAAGAUCAUCUGAGAAAGUUUUUAGUGUUAUAAAACAGCUACUUUGGGUGUAAAAUUCUCUUUAAAAUGAUUUAUUUUUUGGCUGGGGAUAUUAUUUUGCUAAUCAAUUUCCAAGGUUUUUUAAGUAUUAAUUAUAAUUCAGAUAAGAAACUAUUUAUUAUUUUUUUUUUUUGAGGUUUUUUUUUUACUCAUUUACUUAAUGUUUGUUUGUUAACAUGUCCUGUUAUUGUGUUAAGCAUCAUACUAAUAAAAUAGUAACAUGUGUCAUUUUGUGUAGGCGUGCACUGAGCUGCAAGAUGGCUGUUGAGUUUGAUUAUUAUAUGACAUCAAGAAAAAGGCAAGCUUUUCUUUUUGUUUGGACAUGUUUGUUUUUUUUUUAAAUAAAAAUAAUUGAUUUUUAUUUAUUCAAAAUUUAUAUGUUGGCAUUUAUUCUAUUCAUAUUUUAAGAUCUUUUUUUUUUUUAAAUUUUUGAGCUAAAAUAAAAUUUAGUGAUACUCUUUGAAACAUGUUAUUAAUAUCAAUGAUUGAAUUUACUGCUGGCUCUGUUCAUAUCCCAGUUAUUUUUGCAUCAACAGAUGGUUUUGUCACAUGGAUGAUGAUGUCUAUCUCAAUGUCCCACGUCUUGUAGAAGUUUUGAGAGGCUACAAUUACAAGGAAGAUUGGUACCUGGGAAAACCUAGUUUAAAACACCCGCUUGAGGUGGUUGACAGAGAUAAUCCUGGAGUAAGUAAUUUUUUGGAGGUAGUUGACAGAAAGACCUAGAAUGGGCUGUUAAUUUAUUUAUUAUUUUUAGAUUGGUACAUGUUGAUUGAUAAUCAUAUUAUUUUGACCAAACUUUUUUUUUUAAAUUGUUUUCUUUUGUAAUUUUUAUGUGUUUUAGUUAGACAUGAAUGAUAGUGUUGAAAUUUAGAAAUAUCUUUCUAAUACAGAAGUAAUACAAACAAUUUAUUUUUAUGUUUUAUUUGUAGUUUUAUUCAUUUUUCUUGAUAGAUGAAACUGACCUUUUGGUUUGCUACAGGAGGUGCAGGCUUUUGUAUAAGUCGAUCUUUGGCAUUGAAAAUGGCACCUUAUGCAGGGUGGGUGUUUUGCCGUAUGGAUCAUGAAAGCUGUUUAUCUUGAAAUACUGUAAUAACAUAAGAGAUCAUAUUUAGGAUAGUGGUGGAAGUGAUAGCCUUCAAGUUAACUCAGCAUGUAUUGAAAAUUAAUUUUUUAUUAUAGUAACAUCUUGCAAUCGCAGAACAGAAAAUACACACAAACUCAACCUCAGAUCCCUAAAAGAAAUUUAAAUGAUGAAUUUUUAUUUUAAAUCCUAACAUAUUUCCCUUACUUGACAAAGAGAUGCUUUUAAAAACAAACCAUUUUAAAAAAAGAUUGCAAUUAAAAUCUCAUCACAUUUUAUUAUUCCAUAUAAUUUUUAUUCUUUUAAAAUCCUAUAGUGGUGGUAGAUUUGUAACAACUGCAGAGAAAGUAAGACUACCUGAUGAUUGCACUAUUGGAUAUAUAAUUGGUGAGAAGACAUUAUUUUUUUAAAGUCAGCAUGCUUUACAAUUAUUUACAGCAUUUUCAGUUAUAUUAUUUCAUGCUCAUGUUUGGCAACAUAUCCAAGAUACUAAGUAUUAGAUAUGUGUUGCAAAAUUAAGAAAACAGCUGCCUAUGAAGUUGAAAUGAUUUAUGAAGUCAAAUUUUGUUUAAUGUACAGAACACUUGUUGAAACACAAGCUGACUGUGAUUGAAGAAUUCCACUCUCAUCUAGAAGCUCUUUGGUUGAUUAAACCCAACCAGCUGAAAAAACAGGUAAGUUGAAUAAAUUUAAAAAAUGACAUGUUAAGAUCAAAAUACUUUUUAAAAAUUUGAGUAUCACUGGAUAUUGUUUUUCUGCUUAACCCUUUAAUCACCUCAAAUUUUUAAAGUGGUAAUCAUUGAUGUUAAAUGAUAGCUACUCAAAUUUCCAACUAUUGAUUUUGAAAACAAUUUUUAGUUUUUUUAAAAAGCGAUAAAUGAAAUUUAAUUAUUUUAAAAAUGGUCUUAUGUUAUUUAAAAAACAAUUUAUCAGCAUAGGGAUUAGUGGGGGCUGCGUCACAGUUAAUUUUAGGAGGUUGUAGUCAAGAUAUUUCUCAAAUGUUAAUUUAACUUUUAAAUUUAAAAUAAUUUAAAAAAACUGUUCCUUCAUAGAAGAUCUUUAUUGUUUCUCUCAAAUGAUGUGUUACCUCUUGACAGAUAACCCUCAGCUUCUCUGAAUACUCUGGUAAACAGAAUGUCAUCAACAUUCAAGGAUUCAAUGACACAGAGGAUCCAACAAGGUUAGUCAUGACUUAAAGGAGACAGACAAUAAAUAUUUUAAAAAUCGAAUUUUCAAUUAAUUUGACCAGCUUGUGUUAGUUUAUGUCAGAAUUUUAAAAUGUUUUUGGAUCCUUAAGUCAAAUAAAUUUUGGUUUCAUAAUUUAUUAUUAAGAUUACCUUUAAAAUACUUUAUGGUGGUAUUUAUUUACUAGUCUUUACUCUAUUCAAAGAUUAGGUUGUAAUUUUAGAUAAUUCUUAUGUCUCAAGUAGUCUUUGCCAGUUUUGUAUCUCAUUGAACCUCUGUUUACCUUUUGUCCACAGAUUACUCUCCCUUCACUGCUUUCUAUUUCCAAACUUUAAUGAAUGUAGACACCUAACAUAAAAAUAGUGUGACCUUUGAUCAAUACUGUUUCAUUUACUAAAGAGUAGCUAUAAAAAGAAAAAUGUGUUAACCUGGGGAAAUCUUAGGAUUUAAAAUAAAAAAAAUAAAAAUAUAAGUGUCUGCAUAAUGUAUUAAAAUUAAUUUUUUUCUUCUUCUCUAUGUUAACCCUUAUCAUGAUUACUGUGAUACUCAUCAGUGUUAUAUUCUUUUCUAAAAUAGUUGAUACUUUAGCCCUUAGUGUCAGACUUAAUGUGAUUAAUACACCUUAUCAGAAUUAAGUGCAUGUUUUAAAUUAGUUUGUCUGUUGACAAUCUACCUCCAUAAUAAACUUUAAGCAAAGCAGAGCUGAAAUAUGUCAUUUUCAAAGAGUGGAGUUUGUGCUGCCUCUGCUCUACAGUUAAAAUACUCAACCAGUGCCUCUAUCCAACUUGUUAUUAUGUACUUUCAAAUUCCAAAAUAUCACAUUAUUAGGUAUGGACUGAUAGUUGAAUGUUGGUGCAGGAGAUUCUAUGUUUUGAUAACAUUCCAUUACAAAGCAUUGACUUUUUAAGUGACUGCAACAUUAUUUGUACUUGUUGCAGACAUUGAUUUGUUUAAAGUAUUUCUAUUGCUCAUCAUAGGAGGGACCAAUUUUAAAAAAAGAAAUUUUACACUUUUAGUAUAGUUCAUUAUACUGCCUUUGUAUAAAUUUCUUUGGUUUUUUAUUUCAUUUUGUGUGUGUUUUUCUUUAUAUUUCCAUUUGCACAUAUUUUACUGCAUACUCUUGAUUUUUUUAAUCAAUUAAAUUUACAAUUACCGACCAAUCAAAAACCCACAAGACCUAUCAACAUGGCUUACGACUGAGCAAUCAAAAAUUGUUUAAAGUUUUUUGUGAGUGAAAAUGUAUAGAAUUGCAUAAUUAUAGGUGAGAUUAUUCCCUCUAUUUCAGUUAUAUACUUUGUGCUAAACCAAAUGUAUGGAUUAAUGGGUGGAGUGUUUCAAUUGUGCUAAAUGUCUAAAUAUUUAUAUAGGAAUAGAGUGUUGAACUUAUACAACAUAUGUGAAUGGAUCAAAGGUGAACUUGUAGGAGAAGUAUUUAGAAAUCCACGAGUUUAAAAUUUUCAUUUGAGAAUAUUCAGUAUCUACACACAAAGUAAAACAACUCUAUUAACUUGUUAUUAUGUAGCAACUUAAUCAAGUGUCAUGGUAACCAGUUCUAUAAUUUGUUUUCAUGUGCAUUCACAUAUUUCUGCUGACAAUGGCUGCAUUUUGUAUCUGAAUUUUAAAUUUGAUUUAAGAAUGUUGAUUUUGUAAAAUAACUAUUUGAGAGAAGUACCACUAGCAAAGUUCUUGUUGUCAUUUUCUUCCAAUUAUAAAACAGCUGUCAUUGAUUUUCUGCAUGCUGUACCACUAGUCUUUCACAAGAAUUGUAUCAAUAAAUCUUUACUGAAUGUUUGGUUCUAACAUGAUUCAAAGAUUUACUUAUGAUUACAGCUUUGUUUAUACAUACUGCAUCACAAUUUAUGUAGGUUUUUCCUGUUGAAGCAUUUUUUUCUAAAUGUCAUUUUUCAGUUUUUCUUAAAUUUUUAUAUGUUAAAGAUCUGGAACAAUUUUUUACUUAACACUUUAUAUCCACAUUGCGAACAGAGAUAAAAAAAAAAUAUAAUAUUCUAUCUGAAACCCCCCAUAGCUAUAAAAAAAUUCCUCAUCUGUGUUCAUUUCUAACAACAUUGCUUUUGAUGGGUGUAAAAAAAACUCCUAAUUUGACGAAGGUCUGACUUUAAAUAACCUAUUUCAUUUAAAAGUUGUGAUCUACCCAAUUAUGAAUCAAUUGAAUAUGCCAGGAUGUGCACAGCGAAAGGGAGAUCAUUCAUUCAUUUUUCUUGUUGCCAUGUUAAAUGAAUGUCAUUGGAAUAACAGGAUAAAGUGUUAAAAUUUGAAGAAUGACCAAACUCUAAUAUAACAUACCUCUUUUGGUGAUGGUUUUUUACAAAUGUAUCCAGCAGACUUUGCCAGCCACACAGUUUUCUGUCUUUAAUUAAACUGUAACAAAUUUAAUAGUAAAAAAAAAAUGUUAAUCUGUUUUCUCAUUUGGACUUCUGGAAUGUAUUGUGUAUGUAAAUUAAUGAGAUAAACUUAAGAAAUGUAUUGUGUAUAUAAGUUAAUGAGAUAAACAUGAUAAAGAGUUAAUGGUCUAGUUUUAAUUACAAUUCAAGAAUAAAAUUUUCCACCAUAAAUGGCUAAAUAAUUCAAUUAACAUGAUGAAUUUGUCACUAAAGAUUGUCCAAUAUUCGCAAUUUUAUAUGAAUAAAAAUGCAGAGUCACAUCUUUACUUUACAUGUUACAAGUGCAAGCAUUACUGGAAUCAAUAGUUGGUUCAUUCUGUGAUAUAUAUUAGUAUUAGCAAUUGAAAGCAAGAAUUAUACUUUUUUUUUUUAAAUGAUUACUUUCUUCUCUAAUUUCAUCUAGUAUUUUUAAGCUAUUUUAUACCAGAGCUUCUCUUGAGCUAAGGGGCCAUCCAUAUAAUAUAUAAACACUGAGGAAACAGUUUUUUUUAAAGGGUUUUGAGAUAUUUUUUCUGGUAUGAGGUGGGAUUGGUCUUGAAAAAUGCAUUUUCAUGUAUAAAUUCUGAUACUAUUGAUAGUCCUAGAAUCUUCACAUUUGCAAAACUGUAAAGUGCCUGCCCAAAGAUGUGUUGUUUUGGUCUAUUCAAACCUAAUGGAAAUUCCAAUGCUGAUGUUUUCCUUGUUUGGUUGAGAGUGAAAAUAUAACAAUAUCCUUUUCAUGUUUGAUGUUACUUUUUAAAAGUCCUACUCAAUGCUGUUUUUAAUUUUUAAUAUUUUUUUUGCUUAAAUGAUCAAUUCUUCACCAAAUUUGGUGCUGUUUAUUUUUAAAUUUUUUUUUCUAAACCUGAAUUAGAUAUAUUUCUUAAGACUUUGUUUCACUGAAUGUCUUUUUUGACAUAUUUAACGGAGAUUGAAAUAUAAUAAUAUUUUGCAUGAGAACUUUGGCAUAAGGGCUUGUAGUUUAAUGUGUAUGUGGGGCAGGGAAGAGAAAGUCAUAGUUUAUGACAAAAUUUUAUGUACUUAAUAUAUGGAUAGAUCUUUAUUAAACCCUGAUAUAUGUGUUUGCCUUUUAAAAGACAAGAGUCCUUUUGGAUCAGCUUCCAAGUUUGAAAAAUUAAAACAAAUUUAUGAUUUUUUAAAGAAUUGAUCAAACCUGUUUCAGUGUUUUGUUAAGUGAUUUUUGAGGAGGUACUUACUUUUAUGACAGUGCUCAGUAACUGUUAAAAUUAUACUUCCAUUAGUAAGAAGUGUUCACUCAUUUUUGUUGACAUGGUACUUAUUUUUACAAAGCCUUUACUUUUCUUCCUAAGACUUCAUGAAGUCAGCAUGACAGGAAGAAUUCACUGCUUUAAUAAAUGUAAUUCUGUACUGUAGUAUUAGGUCUUCCAUAAAGUUUACAAAACUAUUGUCCCUUUUUACCAUUGUUAUAUUCUACAAUUCAUGCUAAAGAAAUUUAUUUUAUAGUCAAUGCAUUUAACUUAUGUUUAGAAAAUUAUCAUUGAUGCCAUUGAUUAUGUCUAAGAAAACUGCAUCUCUUGUCAAAAGGAAAUGUAACAUACAGAGUAGGGGAAAACCUGAAAGAACACAAUUAAUUUUCAUGGGUUUCUCUUUUGCCCUCCUCUGUAUGUUGUAUUUCAUAUUGCUUCAACCUUAACAGCGUCCUCCCCAAAUUACAUCAUUCUAAAGAUUUGAAAGCACAGUACAAGUUUGUUCAAGUUAACGUGAAAGUGGGCUGGAGAAAAUGCUAUGUUGUACUUGAUACUUUUACUUCCUUAUUCUUUACCCUCAGAUUAUUGCUAUUCUUUGGGUUUCUUCUUGAACUAGACACAGCUUCGUACACUAUGGGCUAAGUUAAUUAUUUUAUUUUAUAUUUUUCUUGUUUUGUUGAUUGUUGAACACUUUUUGCCAACAAGUUGGUUGUUCUCUGCUAGAUUUCUUAAUUUUUCUCUCACCUUGUGUUCCUUUUUUCCAUAAUAAUGGAAAGCUUGUCUUCCUUUUCACUGAUUAUAGCAUCUGAUAUAUUCUACAAACUCUGUGUAUAAAAGGUUGUAAAAUAUGAUACAGUGAACAUCAAGUUUCUAUCUUUUUUUGUAUAUAUUUAUGGUUGUUUAUUUUAGAUGCAUUAGCAUUUACAAGUUUAUUGACUACAAUGAAUCUCACUAUUGAAUUAUGGGGACCAAAUGACAUCUUUGAAUAUUAUUUUAAUGGCUUGUUCAGCUGUAAAGAACUGUUAAUAGUCAAUAUGUAUCAGAGACCAAGUUAAUGUAAUUUUUUAAAUCUCAUGAAUCCAAUGUUGCAAAAAUGAGGUCAGUAUUUUAAUUCGUAUUUUCACAUUUGAGAUGUACUGUAAAUAUAUACAAAAUAUAACAUGGAAAUAUUAUAUUGAUUUUUAAAAAAUUCAUUGGAUUUUUUUCUUUCAAUAUAGUGUAGGCUUAAAUCAUUUCCAUUCAAUGCUAUGAACUUGGUGAUUUAAUAAGACACUAAUUUUCAUUGACUGAUAUUAAUACUAGUUAAGUAGGCCUAUAUUAUAUAACUUAAAAUGUCUAAUAAGUAUAACAAUAAGUUGUCAAUAAGUUGACAAGUUAAUACAAGCUUUUGUGGUGUGCAUUAAAUGUAACAACAUUUUUCAAGUAAGAACUUAUUAAUGGCAUUUGUGUUGAAAAAUUUAUUCCAAAUUAGAUUACAAAAUAAUUUGAUUGGAGGCAGCCAUUGACAAGCUGAUUAAUCAGUUGGCAUCUGUUGAUCUAACAUAAAUCAAAUCAUAAAUUAAAGGACAAAACUUGGUAAGUGUGAGCAAAUUGAUUCACUUGUCGCUCAGAAAAUGUGUAACAGUAUAUGAUCUAGUUUAGUAAUGCUUUCUGCAUUAGCUCCCUGUGCUAAUUUCGAGGCCCAUUCCCUUCCAAGAGGAACAUCCUUAUGGAACCUCUGGACUAGACUUUUUGUUUAUGCUUAAACUUAAGUCUCUAACUUACAAGGAGUCUGUCAUGAAGUGACUCUUUUUGGUAAUAUUUAGUUCACCUGUUAUGGUAUAUUGAUUUUAUCAUUAGUUGGCAAUUUUUGUAUGAAUAGUAAUUUGUCCCCUUGUUUUUUUUAAAUAAAAAGAUUUCAUCUUUAAUAUUCAUUAUAAUUAUUAUUAAACAG